AGUUUAAUGGAAAAGUAAAGAGAAAAAAAAAAAAACAAUCUUAGACAUAUAAAGUCUUAGGAAUGUGGGAUUGAGAGUUGAGACCCACUGAAACCAAACACCCCCAUAGCCAGUUUGAAGGCAUAGAAUUGGUAGAGACAGAGUUGAAGAACAGCAGAUCAGACAGGCUGGUAGGGUGUUGAAAGAGGGCAAUCCUAGGAUGUUCCCCAACAAGCAAGUGGUGUUAAAGAACUAUGUCACAGGGUACCCAAAAGAGAGUGAUUUUGAGCUGAGAACAACAUCUGUGAGCUCUGAUAUUCCCAGAGGAUCAAAUGGUGUGUUUGUGAAGAAUCUUUAUUUGGGAUGUGACCCUUACAUGCGUCACCGGAUGUCAGCCCAUGAAUCCAAGGAUGUCUCUUUGCUCCUCUCCUUUGCCCCUGGCUCUGUGAUUAUUGGGCUUGGAGUAUCUAAAGUUGUAAAAUCCGAGAAUCCCGAGUUUAAGGAAGGGGAUUAUGUCUGGGGAUUGACUGGUUGGGAAGAAUACAGCAUGAUUCUUAACCUAGAUGGCCAUUUCAAGAUCAAAUACACAGAUGUGCCUCUGUCAUACUAUGCUGGAAUCCUAGGUAUGCCGGGACUUGCAGCCUAUAUCGGGUUUCAUAACUAUUCCUCAGCUAAGGAAGGGGAUGUUGUUUAUGUCACGUCGGCUGCAGGAGGAGUUGGCCAGCUCGUUGGACAGUUCGCGAAAAUGAUGGGCUGUCGUGUGGUUGGAAGUGCUAGUACUAAUGAAAAGGUUGAUCUCAUUAAGGGCAAGUUCAGAUUCGAUGAUGCUUUCAACUAUAAAGACGGGCAUGAUUCUGCAGUGUUGAAAAGGCAUUUUCCCAAGGGGAUUGAUGUAUUCUUCGACAACGUUGGAGGAGACAUGCUGAACCAGGUGCUACUGCACAUGAACCUUUACGGGCGAGUUGUUGUUUCCGGGAUGAUUUCACAGUACAACCUCGCUGAACCAGAUGGGAUUCACAACUUGUUUUGCCUGAUAACGAAGCGCGUGGAGAUGAAAGGCUUUUCUGAACUCGACCACAGGGCGAAAUAUCCAGAUUACCUCGAGUUCGCCAUCAAGAACAUAAGGGAGCAGAAGCUAGUCUUUGUUGAAGACAUUGCUCAAGGAUUAGAAAAUGCUUCGUCUGCUUUUGUUGGCAUUUUCCAUGGAAGAAAUGUCGGAAAACAGAUCAUCUGUGUCGCAAAUGAUUGAAUGUUUCAAGAAUCGAACAAAUGAAAAACUCAAGAUCAUAGUACUUUCGUGUAACAGGUUCUUGCUGCUGUUGCUAACACUUGAAUAAUGUACUCUGCUCUGUAAUUUUAUCGUUUUCUUGAAUAAUAAAAUCGCCCUCUUUUUUGGAUGACAA